AUGGUUGCCGCGGGGAGGUGGAGCGAUCAGCUACCAAUCCGGUCCAAUACGCCUACGAGCAACCCGACCUCUCCGAACGUGUCACAUGGUCACCACCAUCACUUUCAUGGGCACCAUCAUGGACACCACAACAAUAACAACAGCAAUAGCAGCAGCAGCAGCAGCAGCAACAACCCCAACAUCUUCCAACGCCGUAAUUCCCAGCCUCAAUCUCAACUUCACGGAAAUACCAGUAGCAGUAGUAGCACCAGCAAUCAAUAUGCUACCACUCCCACCAGUUCCAUUCCACCUCGUGAGCUAACUCCCGCCCAUCCCCGCAGGCGAGAGUCCAUCCAAGCUCUCACCGUCAAGGCAAGUGCUGCCCCGCCUUCGGCCAGCUUCGAAAGCGCCGCUGCUCAAUCCACCUCCACCUCGCUGGUCCGCCCACACUCGAGGUCCCGUUCCCAGACAAUAGCCACCACCACGGCCACCGCAAUCACUGCCGCUCCCUCAACCUCCACCUCUUCCGUCGUCGUUGUCGCCGCCGCCGCUACUGCCACUACCAGUCAUCAAAGUCAGAUCCAUCCCGAUCCCAUACACGUUAUACAGUCAACCCUCCGAUCCACCACCUCCGAAGACAAGAUGGGCAACGAGCAGAGCCGCCCCAAGACGCAGGGAAAGGACCAGGCAGGUCCGCCCAAGGACAAAGACAAGGACAAGGACAGGGAAAGAUCGAAAUCCUCCACCUACGGCUCCAAUAUCGUCGUCCCCGUGCCAGCGCCCCAGGACGCCCAACAAGAGCAGCCUCCUCAGGCAUCGCAGCCGUUGGAGGCUCCGCAGUCGCAGCAGCAAUCCGAGCUCCCCGCCCUCUCUCCGCAGACCACACAGCCCGUCGACGUCCCCGCCGCGCCCAGGGAAGAGCCACAGCAGCCGAGCAGGAUAGAACCUAUCUCGGUCGAGCUCGUCGAUCCCGUGCAAGACUACUUCGUCCCACAGCCCUCUCAGUACAGUCGCCCUCCUCGCCUACCGCUUCCAAUUGAAGAGGAACCGCACACGCCCGGAUCCCCCAUCAUCUCCCCCGCAGACAUCGACAAUGUCAUUGAUAUCGAUUCCGAUGCGCUGCCCCGGCGGGCGGCCUCCGUCUUGAGCAGUACAAAGGAUGAAGAGGAGGAAAUGGAGGAAGAGUUCCAGCCCCCGGCUGCGGGAAAGUUGACCGUACCCACGCUGAUCGAAUGGGAGGGUCCCGGUGAGCGUGUCUAUGUCACAGGCACGUUCGCCAACUGGGAUAAGAAGUAUCGGCUGUAUCACGACGGACCCAGCAAAAAGAAAGAUGUCCUCUCCGCGAUGGUCAACAUCGCUCCAGGCACCCACCAUCUCACUUUCUUGGUCGACAACGACAUGAAAACCUCAGACAAGCUCCCUACCGCUGUAGACUAUACGAACAGUCUCGUCAAUUAUCUCGAAGUGUCUCAUGAUGACCUCCCGAAACCGCCUGGCGACGUUACAGACGAAUCCAAGAAGACCGAUCCCACGCCUACGGAAGAGCUUCGUGCUCCACCAGGUAUCUAUCCACCUCAAAUCCUCCCACCCACCCCCGAGCUCGUCCCAGUUGUUGAACAAUCAGUGCCAGAGUCGUCGCAGCCCAAAGCCGCCCCUCCGCCACCCGCGCCGGAAGAGUACCACAUGAGCAUUCCCUACUACCUAGUCGAUCUAGACGCUACGGAAGAGACCGAACGAUUCGCGCGAGCCAACGCCGCGGCUGGCCACCUCCCCACCCCGCCUACGCUUCCCAUGUUCUUGAGCAAGAGCAUUCUGAAUGGCACGACGCCAAUGAAGGACGAUAGCAGUGUGUUGAUCAUGCCCAAUCAUACCGUUUUGAAUCAUCUUGCGACUAGCAGUAUCAAGGAUAACAUCCUGGCUACCAGUGCUACGACGCGCUACAGGCAAAAGUUCCUUACGACCAUUAUGUACAAACCGAAGAACGAGGAUCCUGACCAGUUUCGGGAGUGA